GAGCUGGGAGGUCUGGAGCUGCGGACAGCGAGGAAAACAGCAAACCGUGGCCCCUCACUGGACUCUGAGGACCAGCAAGAGAGGAUCAAGGCAAGGAGGCUGCGUAUUAAUGCCUGGAUCGAAGCCAAGAGACGGGAGGCACUUGGCGAGGACCCGUCUUCCAUAUUGGAUGAGAAAGAAGAAGAACGCAAGAGCUACAAGCAGAUUGAGGACAGCAGACAGAGACUUGGUAAACUGGUGAGUGAUGGCACACAGCUCGUGACAAAUAUUCAGAUUGCUGCAGAUGCCAGAGAAACCCAGCGACGGGCCACAGAGGAAGAGCUGAAGAGGUUAAGGGUUGAGAAGAUUGACAAUGAAGCCAAAAGCAGUUAUGAGAAGUUUCAGUCAAUCACCAAGAAGUGGCUGCUGAGCCGGGAGAAGAAAAUUCCCCAGGAGCUCUGGGCCCAACUGAACUCUCAGCAACAACAAUGUGCACAGCUGAUUGGGGACAAGAACAAACUGAUCGGAGAACUGCAGCAGGAGCUGAAGAGGAAAGAUGACCAGUAUGUGAAAGAUCUGAAGAAACAGGCCGAAGACAUUGAUCUGCUGAUCGAGAGGAUGGAGGACCAGGUGAAGAACCUCAUCAAGACUUAUCGGGAAGAACUCUUGCUCAUUGAGAAAUCAUUUGAACAAGAACGCAGAGAGCUGUUAGACAAAGAUCAAAAGAAGUGGGAGCAGGGCAUGCAAAGUCGCCGAGACAAAGAGCUGGAGAAUCUGUUAAACCGUAUGAAGAAAGUGGAAGAAUAUGAGAAACAGCUGAACCACCUCCGGGUGCAGGAUGGUGAGGAAUACAACAUUAUUAAGAUCAAACUGGAGACUGAUGUGCAGAUCCUCCAACAGCAGCUGCAACACAUAAAAGCCACAUUUCAACUGAAUCAAGAAAAAUUGGAGUAUAACUUCCAAGUGCUGAAGAAGAGGGAUGAGGAGAACACCAUCACCAAAUCCCAGCAGAAGAGGAAGAUCACAAGGCUGCAUGAUGUCUUGAACAAUCUCAGAAUCAAGCUGGACAAACAGAUCAAGCAAUACAAGGAGGACAACCAAUCCCUGACUGAUGACUUUAAGAGGAUUGUGGAGCAAUACAAGGAACUGCAGAAGAAGAUGAGACAUUUUGCCUCUGUGGAUGCUAAGAAGUUCCAUGACAUCUGGGUAAUGAACGAAGAAGAGAUGAAACAGCUGGUGCACCAAGCACUGGAGGGCGACCGAAUCAUCCAAGAGCAGCAGCUUGGUCUGCCUUGGAUUGCUCCAGAGCUCCAGUUUAUGGAUAAUGUCGGACCUCUGGUACCUCAACCCAAGCAGCAAAAGACUGCCAGCAAGCUGGCACAGGAAGUCAUGGCUGCUGCAGCUGCUGAUGGGCCAGUAAAAUCUGCCGAAGAGGAAGGAGCUGCAUCUCAGCCAUUCUCCUCACAGACUGUGAAACAGAUCCUGGAACUGCUGUGUGAUGAAUCUGGCUUUCUCAUAGAAAACAAACUGCUGCAGCUCCUGUCUCCUCUGGACAGAGACGAUCGCUCCCUUAUGAAGCUGGACUCCAUAUUUGGGGCCCUCCGGAUAGAGGUGGAGGACGAUGUGUACAAACUGGUGGACUUUUUCUUGAAGUACAGACAACAUGAUGAGUUUCUGCAGGAAGAGGCUGGUGUGUGCAACAUCCUCCUACUUCUACCCCCAGUGAUCUCAUGCAUCCCAAUGAUGUCCUUCGAGCCCUGAAGGACUUCACCAUGGAGUUCCACCAUCCCUAGAGAAAAGCUCUCCCAUAUGAGACCUGACAGGUCAGAAGACAGAGACAGCAGUGAGGAUGCUGCCUACUGGGAGGCGGUUGCACAGGUCAUCUCUGAGCCCCGACUCAAAGUGUGGGAUGCCCUGGAGACCGCCAUGGAGAAAUACCAUGACGUCCUGACAAACCGAGCGCAGCUAAUCUCUGAAACCUCAGGGUUGAGACAGCAGAAUGGAGAGCUGAGGAUGUUGUUACAUCAGUACCUCAAUUCCAAGAUCAACACAGAGCUAGAGAUCCCUCCGACGCAGAUCAUGAAGGUGGAUUUCAUUCAGAGUUGA